UUUUCUUGUCUCCCUCCCAGCCUGUGCCAACGGCGCUGGCUCAGGUUGACCGUGAAAAGAUCUACCAGUGGAUCAACGAGCUGUCCAGCCCUGAGACGCGGGAGAACGCGCUGCUGGAGCUGAGCAAGAAGCGUGAGUCUGUGCCCGACCUGGCCCCCAUGCUGUGGCACUCGUUUGGCACCAUCGCUGCGCUCCUUCAGGAAAUUGUAAAUAUUUAUCCGUCAAUCAACCCUCCAACUUUGACAGCCCAUCAGUCCAACAGAGUCUGCAAUGCUUUGGCUCUACUACAGUGUGUUGCAUCACAUCCUGAAACGAGGUCAGCUUUUCUGGCAGCCCAUAUCCCUCUCUUCCUGUACCCCUUCUUGCACACGGUCAGCAAGACCCGUCCGUUCGAAUACCUGCGGCUCACCAGCCUCGGGGUGAUUGGGGCCUUGGUGAAAACUGAUGAGCAAGAAGUGAUAAAUUUCUUAUUGACCACAGAAAUUAUCCCCCUGUGCUUACGGAUUAUGGAAUCUGGCAGUGAACUCUCCAAAACGGUUGCUACAUUUAUUCUUCAGAAAAUCCUUCUGGAUGACACAGGGCUGGCAUAUAUCUGUCAGACUUACGAGCGGUUUUCCCAUGUUGCCAUGAUACUGGGUAAAAUGGUCCUGCAGCUCUCCAAGGAGCCAUCGGCACGGCUACUGAAACACGUCGUCCGCUGCUACCUUCGCCUUUCUGAUAACCCCAGGGCACGUGAAGCUCUCAGGCAAUGCCUUCCUGACCAGCUGAAGGACACCACCUUUGCCCAGGUCCUGAAGGAUGACACCACCACGAAGCGCUGGCUGGCUCAGCUCGUCAAGAACCUGCAAGAGGGUCAAGUCACUGACCCACGGGGCAUCCCUCUUCCUCCGCAAUGACUGCUGGGGGAGGCGGGGGACCAGGGAAGAAACAGCUCAGGUUUACAAAGAACCAGGAACAGGUGACCUCUUCUGCAACAAACUGGGCAUGUCAGCUGGCUGCUGGCCUGUCGGACCAUCCCACCCAGCCAAGAGGCCGCUCUGUAGCAAUGCAGCAUGCCUCCAGGGAUCGCAACACCAGCACAUGCUGAUAUUACAGCAUAAAAAAAAAAAAUUCAGUGAAAUCAAUCUGUAAAGAUCCCCAUGUCUCCAGGAGGCCCGGCCGGCAUCUCUCCCCCACUGCCAGCCAGAGGGUACUGUGGGUGUCCGCUCCUCCAGCUAGCUCAGCCUCCCCGAGUGGAGUGUGACACGGGGUCUGUGUGCCACGUCCUUCCAGUUCCUUGUCCCUUCUCGUUUACAAGUCUGUUUAGAUGAGUGAGCUGAAUAAAAGCCGAUCUGGUUGUUUUAUCCCCUCUUGAGGCUGCUACUCGGCUGCAGGUAGCCCGGGGACAGCUUUCUUCCCUGCCAGCACAUCCUUGCUCCUGGCUCUGCACCUAGCUGGCGCAGCGAGCUUCUCUCUUCCUCUCCUUUGGCACAGAGGCUGUGGCUGGAGCUGGGCCACCGCAGCGCUUGCCCCGAGAGGAGGGGAUUGCUUAUGAUGAAUCCACGAGUCAUCGGCUUGCUUCACAGGGCUCUGGGGGAGGAGAAGACUGCAGGACUGUGGUUCUUGUGCUGUAAAUAGCAUGCUCCUGCAGCUACCCAGCAGCCUGGAGCUGGUCUGUGCUGGCCUCCCACCUAGCUCAGCUCUUGCCCAGCAGGGCUGCUGGCUGGCUUG